AUGGAGCAUCGAAAGCGUUUACGGGAGUUGAGGGAUUCUGACAACCUCAAAUACGACAACGAGUAUAGCCCUUCAGGGGCGUGCAGGUUGCUUCAGUUCUCGAUCGAUCUCUGGUAUGACCGUAUGGUGCGUUUCAAAACAAAGCUGAGUUCGAGAAGCGAGCUCGUUCGAAAAGAAGUCCGAUGCGCUCAGUCAGUAUGUGUUCAAUACACCGCUCGACAAAUAUAUCAUCGCAGAAAAGUUCCCCCACAAGGUGCUCAAGACGACGAUCUCGAAGCCUUCCCCCAACUGGACUGUUGGUUCCGGAUAGUGGGACUGACAGAGAGCAGUAUUGCCAGCAUACGAGAGAUAACGGGUGAUAGCUUCGAUCGCUUGUUCCAACGCACGGAUGACCAAAUAAAAGAUGCUCUCUGCGACGGCGACGCAGAAGAUCGCGCACACCUUGUGGUUGCUUUACGAAACCUGCGGAAAGUCGUGGAGCGCUACAGAACGACAGAAUAUCCCCUGGGAAAGUUUGUGGACUAUGACGAAGAUCUCAGCUGGGAAUACCUCGGGAAAGCCGAAUUCCAAGCAGCACAGCCGUCGACGCCUCUCCGCCAGGCGGCCCCGAAAGCCCAGAAGAAACCAAUUCUGCCUCGACUGACGAAAACUCCGCCGCAUCAACGGAAGAAUACGGGUUGUGCAGAGAAUAGUCCCGGUGGAUUAGUGGCGAAGUCUCGAUCGGAUCUCAGCCGGUCCGACCGGGAGAAGAACGUUCCUCGAUUCACCCGCAGACGACUACAGACCGAGCCCACACCUAGCUCGACGGGUUCCCUGUCACCGUCAAGAAGUCCCUCAUUCGCGACGUCACCUGACGCUUCUGUCGAUGCUUGUUUUGUGGACCAACCGGAGAAAUCUCGCGUUUCCUCGAACGGCCAAGCUUCAUCAGGAAGCAACACUGUACCUCGAUCACCGCGGUUGCCUUGCAUGAGCCACGCGAUUCGUCACAGAUUCGAGUCCGGAGUCAAAGUGGCCAACUGUCAACAGUGUAAUAAGCCCAUGUUCUUCGGGUAUAAAUGCAAGGAGUGCAAGUUCCGCUGCCAUAGAGAUUGUGCCGAUAAGGUCCCGCCGAGUUGCGGUCUUCCGAAUGAAUUGCUGGACGUAUUCGCGCAAAGAUUCCAACAACAAGGAGUUUACGGGGGUCUCACAGUGUCGCUCGGGAGUUACUCCCCGUGCGGGAUGCCCAAGCACGCGCUCGCGGGCAACUUGCGCGGAGGCUUUUCGCACCACGCGGGAGAUUCCUCGAGCACUACGUCGUCGUGCACCUCGUCUGCCCCGAACUCUCCGCACUUCUCGAGCUCCGGGGGUCUCUCGGGCUCGAAUGGGGGCAAGAAGUUCCGUUUCCCUACCCAGGAAGACUUCAAACGAGGGAGUAAGAGUCAGAGCAAUUCAGGAGAUUACACGACCGGCGGAAGCAAGAAGACCAAGUCGAUGACGGACUCGGAGAAGACGGUGGUGUCCGGCAAUUCAAACUCGGGAAGCGCAAGCACUGACAGUGAGAAAACCAUGGCACACAGAAUCAACUCCCAGGAUUCUCAGGUUGGUUUUCAGAGAGCCGCGCAGAGCGUCCUAUCAUCUCGAGAAUGGGACAUACCACUGAAUGAGGUGAAUCUCGAAGGAAAGCUAGGCGAGGGCCAGUUUGGAGUGGUCUAUAGGGGUAAUUGGCACGGUGCUGUAGCAGUCAAAAUGCUGAACAUGGAAUCGGCGUCACAUAGGAGGAGAUCUGAGAUAAUGGCAACAUUCAAGCAGGAAGUCGCAAUUUUCCGAAAAACGCGGCAUGAGAAUCUUGUGUUAUUCAUGGGAGCUUGCGUGAAGCCCCCGAACUUGGCCAUCGUAACUUCCCUUUGUAAGGGAAUAACUCUCUAUCGGCACCUUCACCUUCGCGGUGACAAAUUCAACCUGAGCAAAAUCGCAAGUAUCGCGCUACAGGUCUGCUUAGGUAUGGGCUAUCUACACGCAAGAGGUAUCCUGCACAAGGAUCUGAAGACAAAGAACAUUUUCUACGAGAACGGCAAGAUCGUCAUCACAGACUUUGGUCUAUUCUCUGUAGUGAAACUUUGUCAAGACGGCCGCAAAGGAAAUUAUCUGACGAUUCCUCACGGAUGGCUCUGCUACCUGGCGCCGGAGCUCCUCAAAGAUCUCCGGCCGGGUGUUGAGCACCCAGAUCUCUCAUUUUCUACUCGGAGUGAUGUCUAUGCUUUUGGAACGGUAUUUUUCGAACUGCUCACGGGUACUUGGCCUUUCCGUCGGCAACCUCCAGAGAGUGUUAUCUAUCAAGUUUCGAAAGGUAUCAAACCGUCCUUGGCGAAUUUCCAAUCGACGGUAGAUUUCAAGGAGAUUCUCAUGUCGUGCUGGGCCUUCCAAGCCCACGAUCGACCCGAUUUCGCGCGACUACAGAUGCACUUAUUGAGACUACCGAAGCGGAAACUUACGCGUUGUCCAUCUCAACCAUCAAAUUUGGCGCGUUCCACCGAGUCUGUGCGUUGA